AUGACAUCCACAGCCUUCCACAUGCCACUCGACAACCGUCGCGUUCUGCGUCCGCGGCCGCCGCCUGCGCUUCCUCCUCCCAGGUUGAACGGCCCUGUUACCAGACGCUUGGCUGCACUUGUCGCGGCCAAUCCGAAUCUCGUCUCUGCGAUCGAAAAUGGCAGUCCCAGCCCCGAGCCGACUCCAAGUCCUCCACUUCGUACUUCGUCGCGGCUUCGCAAGAGAUCGCCUUCACCCACUGCUGAAGCAAGCACUCGUCGUGCAGCAAAGAGAGCGCGUCAUCGUCGUCGGAGCCAGAGUGAAAGCGACGAAGACAGUGACUUUGACAACGACGGCCCCACGCAGCGGCGGGGUGCCCACUUGACCCGGAUCGGCGGUCGUCAAGCCCGCGGCGCUGCAGUGGAGCAUGCGACCCCCCGGAAGUCGGCCGCAGUAGCAGCCAGUGAAAGCAGGAGGGGAAAGCCAAGCCUGGCCUCGGCGGCCGUGAGCAAACCGAGCAAAUCCCGGUCCGGUGGGACGUUGCUGUUUGACAAGUCUCCGAGAGGAGGAAACAAGAAUGCAAUGAACGAGAAAGAAGCUGAUCCCGAGACAAUUCCCCCGUGGGCGACCUUACCAUACCAUGUCCUUGUGCAGAUCUUUCGCUACGCAGCCGCGCUGCUCGCCGACGACUGGGAGCGCGCAAAGUGGCUGCGCGCAGCGACCGGCAUCUGCCGCGCCUUUGCCGAGCCGGCCAUCACGGUUCUGUACGAGUCGCCGCCCUUACUGACGAAGGCGAUGGCGCAUCAAUUUAUUGCGCUGCUCGCGAAGGAUCCGGCCACGACCAUGUUCAAUUACCGACAAAAAGUGCGCGAAUUGCGCAUCGAUCCCGAGGAGCUUGCCUGGAGGCCGUACAGAGGUCAGUUGCUGGAUCUCAGUGCGCUGGUUACCUUGCCGAGGAUCCAAUCGAUCACGCUGUAUCACCCCAAGGACGGCCCACCUUACCGAGAUUUGGAUGAGAAUUUGCGCUGGCAUUAUCCAAUGUCGCUGUUUGAUGCCCUCAAUGGCGUCCAAACUUCUUCAUCUCCCGACGAGUCAACCUCGGCUUUGUCCCAGCAACCUACCAAACCAACCAGACUCACUGAAUGGCACUGGAACCGACGCAUGAUGGGCUCCAAGGUUACCCUCUCCGACAUCAAGAGCCUCCACCAAACCCCCGCUUUCUCUUCCCUCAAGAAAGUCACCUUCCUCAACUACCAGCUCCCCUCCAUGCGCGACUAUGCUACCAGCGAGGACGUGCUGGCCGCGAGGGAUAAGGCCUUUGUCGCCGCGCUCGCUGACGCGAUCAAUGCUUUACCAAAACUGGAGCAUCUGACGUUCGAGUCGUCGACAGCCGUCUGCGGACAGCUUUUGGCCGUGCUGCCCAGGAAUUUGAAGACUCUAGAGAUCACCAAUUGCUGGGAUGUGGAUAGUGACGCGCUGGCAGAGUAUUUGACUUCCGGGGGAAAGCAGCUGAGACAGCUUUUACUCCGGUAUAACCAGAGCUUGAGCCUGGCGUUUUUGGUUGUGCUGAGGGAUGCAUGCCCGAAUUUGCGGACGUUGGUUGUCGAUUUGAAGACGUACCGACAUCAUACUUUUUAUGAUGACUCCGACCCGGAGUAUAGUGCGGUCUUAGAACCGACGCAGACCCCGACGUGGCCGGAGAGUUUGGAGGUUAUUGAGCUGAAGAAUAUGCGCAAAUGGACGGCUGAGGGCGCGGAGACGCUGUUCCGGAGCUUGGUGGACGCCGCGCCGAAUUUGUCUAACCUUCGUAGGAUCGAUCUGAAGGCUAUGCUGGAUAUCCCGUAUCGGCAGCGGUCUAAGAUAAGGGAUCGUUGGGCGGCGACGUUGAGGCAUGUAUUUUUGAGAGAGAGGAGUGAUCCCAUGCCGCUGUCUACGAUCCACAGGCGGAAGGAGGAAGAUAAAGAUAUGAAGAUGGCCGAUGUGGAGGAGAUUGAGAACAAGUCUCCUGGUCGUGGCCGGAGAGCUACAAAUGUCACCCCCUCGAGGAAGAGUGCCCGUCUCGCAGCGAAGGAACAACAACAACAUCAUCAUCAACAACAUCAACAGCAGAUGGAGGACCCGUUCCGUCCAAGCAACUGCACACACAGCCUCCGCAGCGGCGUCACCCGCCCCUCGUACGUCGAACCUGACACUGACAUCGACCUCGACUCCGACGCCGACUCCGACAACGACAACGACAACGACGGACAACCCUACACCCCUCAAAAGAAGAGAAAAUCCUCCUCCAAUACCAUCUCAGGAAACCCCACCCCCCGCCUUGCAUCCCUAGACGACGAGGACUCCUCCCAGCCAGGCUCCCCCUUCGAUCCAUCUGAGCUGGAGGGAUUAUACAGACAGGGGCUGUGCGACGUGGUAGAGAUCCAGCUCGACAACCAGAAGCCGGCAGAGACGAUGUUUGUGAUGGAUGAUUUUCUGGAUGAUGAGCCGGAUGAUCUCGAGGAUGAGGAGUGGGAUGGGGUGGAUGAUUUCGAGUUCCAGGCUGGUGGGUGGGGUUGGGCUUGGUGA